AAUUUCCACAAGUGGUCCUUAUUUCAAAUAUGAAAAGGGUCAAAGUAGGCGUCUAGAAAAAACAAUUCGUAUUUGCAAAUGAUUGACUUGAAGAUAAGACGCCAUCAGCAUAAACUAGUCCUUUGUCACACACACAGACACACACUAACCAUGGGAAGCACAGCUAUGGAAACCAAGAAGUUAGAAAUGUAUGAAUUUGGCCCUUGUGAAGAUGCAUUCCAAAUUGGCUUCUUUAUAGGCCAAAGAUUCUCCAAACAGAUACGCAGCAGAUUAUGUAAUGACCUUAUUCUUCAGAACCAGCUCCUCCCUUUUGCUCAGCUCCCAAAUUCCCAGCCACUCAUUCAUACUUUAUCCCAAACUAACAAGAACAAGUUUCCCAAUUACUGGAACGAACUCAAAGGAAUUGCUGAAGGAAGUGGCGCCCCCUUUCUCAAUAUUUUACUAUUGAACUUUAGGAAAGAGAUACUGCCAUUCAUUCCAAAGACAGAAAGUAAUCCCAAGGAAGAUGAAAUUAGUGCUGAUUGUUCAUCUAUUCUUGUUGCUAACAACUCCAUGGCUAUGGCUGCUCAUAAUGAGGAUGCAAAUGUUGCUCUUGUUGGACACACUUAUUUGGUUAAGGUGACAUUGUCUAAUGGAACAUCAUUCACUGCUUACACAUAUGCUGGAGAACUUCCAAGUUGUGCCUUUGGAUUUAACAGUCAUGGAGUGGCAUUUACUUUAAACUCAGUACCACCAUGUGAGGAAGAGAUAGUAGCUGGUGCCAUUGGCAGAAACUUCGUGUCCAGAGACCUACUUGAAGCAAAUAGCAUUGAGGAUGCUCUGGCUAGGAUCCAUUCAUCAGAAGCUUCAGUAGGGCACAGCUAUAACUUGAUAGACACAAGAGCUCGGAGGAUUUUGAACGUUGAAACUGCUUCAAGAAAUCGAAUUUCAGUUCAUGAAAUCGGAGAAACUCCAUUCUUCCAUGCCAACAUGUAUCUGCAUCUUCAAGUAAAACAGGCACAAGAUGAGAACUCCUUGAGCAGGCAAACAAGAGCAUCUUCUUUGCCAAAGGAAUCAAAAAGUGAUUUCUUAGCACUUCUUGGGGAUAGCAAUAAUGAGAAGUAUCCUAUUUACAUGACAGGUCCAUUGCUAUACACACUGUGCACAGCUGUGAUAGAUUUGGAUGAGAAAACCUUAUCAAUUAUAGAAGGGAACCCAAAGGAGAAACAAGAAUCCUAUGUCUUCCCAUUAUCCUAAAAGCAAGCUAUGACGAAGACUUGGCGUCUUACGUGACUUUUCCUUGGAUAGAGGAUCCAGGGAGAAAUUUUGGUACCAUAUAAAGAUUGAAAUCCAAAAACAGAAAAAGGUUUGCUCACAAUAAACCUUUGUUUUGCGAGGGAAUUUUUGAUUUUAAGUGUCUGCUUUUCAGAGUAACUGAAUAUAAGAACACCAACAAAGUUCUGUAAUAAAGCAGCUCGUGCAACGGUAGCACCAGUAUCUCCAUACUCAAAACUUGAUAAAUAAAAAGGUACAGGUAGCUCUUAUCUCAAAUAUAAACAAGAUCCUCUGUUAAUUUCUGGUGGAAAGUAGCACCUUAUUCUGUUAUCUGGUGGAAAGUAGCAGCUUCUUUUUAUGAGUAAACUACAUAACAUGUUGCUAA